AUGGCCGAAGAAGUCUAUGAAGGUGCCAUUGGCAUCGAUCUCGGUUCGUCCUCAUUUGAUAGCCUCGCACCAACCGACUGUGCAUUGACCUUACAAUCAGGAACAACAUACUCUUGUGUUGCUAACUAUGAAGGCACCAAUGUCGAAAUCAUCGCAAAUGAGCAGGGCAGCUUCACCACACCUUCAUUCGUGUCUUUUACGGACCAAGAGCGCCUCAUUGGAGAAGCAGCAAAGAAUCAGGCUGCCAUGAACCCGAAGAACACUGUCUUUGACAUCAAGCGCUUAAUUGGUAGAAGGUUUGAUGAUCAGACUGUCAAAAAAGAUAUCGAAUCAUGGCCGUUCAAGGUCAUUGAUCAAGGCGGCAACCCUAUGGUGGAGGUAGAAUACUUAGGCGAGAACAAGACCUUUUCUCCACAAGAAAUCUCUUCAAUGGUGCUGAUGAAGAUGAAAGAAGUCGCCGAGACCAAGUUGGGAAAGAAAGUCGCUAAGGCUGUCGUCACGGUCCCUGCAUAUUUCAACGACAAUCAAAGACAGGCCACCAAAGAUGCUGGUGCUAUCGCUGGUCUCAACGUGUUGCGCAUCAUCAACGAACCCACUGCUGCCGCUAUCGCAUAUGGUCUUGGAUCUGGCAAGUCUGACAAAGAGCGAAACGUACUGAUCUACGACUUGGGUGGAGGCACAUUCGAUGUGUCGUUGCUAAACAUUCAAGGUGGUGUCUUUACUGUCAAGGCUACUGCUGGUGAUACACAUCUAGGAGGACAGGACUUUGACACGAACCUGCUGGAACAUUUCAAAAAGGAAUUCAACCGCAAGACGAAGAAGGAUCUAUCCGGCGACCCGCGAGCAUUGCGAAGACUUCGAACAGCUUGUGAGCGAGCUAAGAGAACUCUGUCGAACGGGACUCAGACCACUGUUGAGAUCGAUUCUCUGUUCGAGGGUGAAGACUUCAAUGCUCAGAUCACUCGUGCCAGGUUUGAGGACCUGAACGCGAAAGCUUUCUCCGGGACCUUAGAUCCAGUGCAGCAAGUCCUGAAGGAUGCAGGUCUCGAUAAGUCAAAGGUCGAUGAGAUUGUGCUUGUUGGUGGCUCUACUCGUAUCCCUCGUAUCCAGAAACUAUUGAGCGACUUCUUUGAUGGCAAGAAGCUCGAGAAGAGUAUCAACCCUGACGAGGCCGUUGCCUAUGGAGCAGCUGUUCAAGCCGGCAUUUUGUCUGGCAAGGCCACAUCUGCAGAAACCGCAGAUCUGUUGCUUCUCGAUGUUGUUCCUUUGUCCCUUGGUGUCGCUAUGGAGGGAAACAUCUUCGCUCCUGUUGUCCCCCGCGGACAGACCGUACCAACAAUUCGAAAAAGAACGUUCACCACUGUUGUCGACAACCAGCAGACUGUCCAGUUUCCCGUCUUUCAAGGCGAGCGUACCAAUUGUGAAGACAACACAUCUCUUGGAGAAUUCACUCUGGCUCCCAUUCCACCAAUGAAGGCUGGAGAUGCUGCUCUAGAAGUUGUCUUCGAGGUGGACGUCAAUGGUAUCUUAAAGGUCACAGCAACAGAAAAGUCAUCUGGUCGAAGUGCCAAUAUCACUAUCUCCAAUGCAGUCGGGAAACUGUCUUCAUCCGAAAUCGAAGACAUGAUUACUGAUGCCGCAAAGUUCAAGACCAGCGAUGAAGCAUUCACCAAGAAAUUCGAGGCUAAGCAGCAGCUGGAGUCUUAUGUUAGCCGUGUUGAAGACAUGAUCUCCGACCCAGGUAUGUCGAUGAAGAUGAAGCGCGGCAACAAAGAGAAGAUCGAGACUGCUCUGAGUGAUGCCAUGGCCCAGCUUGAGGUCGAGGAUUCCACGCCUGAGGACCUGAAAAAGAAGGAAUUGGCUCUGAAGAGAUUGAUGACCAAGGCAAUGGCCACUCGGUGA